AUAUUAAAGAUUUUUUUGUUGUCAUUUUAAAUUAAGAAUGCUAUCAAAUUAUGAAUGGAUGUUAUAAUGAAUAACAUAUCCGUAUAAUGACUGAUGUGGUUCUAUUGUUGUACAGAAAACAUUCCCUUUAAUAGCGUCAAUUGUCGUCACAGCAAUGUACGUGGUGAUAAUUGUAGAUAUCUACAUGUAGCCACACAAACUGCAUGUAUCUGAAUAAUCUCUUGUGAGGUAAAAUGCCACUCGAUAAUUCUAUUUACAAACAAAUAAUUUGUUCACAACGGGAAGCCAUAUUAAAGCUAAGAUCGUAGUGAUAACGACCUAUUAUAUUUACUGAGGUCGGGUAGACAAUAUCAUUAAGUAAACGGAUGAAAGGGUCGAUCAUUUAAUAUACAAUAUAUGUAGCCGAAGAUGUAUUGAGCUUUUGUAAAGUUUUAUAUACAAUAUAAUGUAGCCGGGAAUGUAUUGAGGUUUUGUGAAGUUUCAUUGCACACCUUGAUGCACUUUAAAAAUAAUAGAUUAUUUUACCUGAGCAUUAUUUGAAAAGACCAAGAGAAAAUUGUAAGAUCAUCUCAGAGCAUCAUUUCAAUGCAGUUCUGAAUCGAAAAACUGUGUUGGCGGACGAUACAGUUGUUGCUAGGUUGUUCCAAUCCCUGAUGGUCAUUGGAAAGAAAGAUUGGCCGUAGGAAUCUGUACAGGUAUAUCAGAUAACCGCCAUGAUUGUGUUUUCGUUACGGUGAUGUUUGAUGACGAAAGUUAACGGACAUUUCAUCUUCGGCAGGGCAUCAUACUACAGGUUACACAUCUAGUGAAUAAAAAGACUUGUCGAGCAUAAAAUGUAAAGAAUUUUAUGGGUAAAAAAACUAUUGUCAACUAUACGUGAGUGGUGGAUUGAUUUACGCUUGCAUGUUCGUCCGAGGGUAAUGUGAAUUUAGUAAAUUUGUGUCGAAGAAAAAUUACAUGGCUAAACUGUGUCGUUAUUAAGACAAUUGCAUAAUUAGAUGGACACGAGUGUGGCGACUUGAUACCGAAAAUAAACUUACUCGAUACCUGAGUGAUUAAUAUGAACAAUUCUACUUCAUUUAUGUCAAUUCUAAACUUGUUACCUGUAACUAUUCUCCGUUACUCGAACUUUUAACGGUUUUGUACAUUACUAAAUGAGAUAUUAUAAUACGGAUAAUGGCAACCUAUCUACUGAUUGCCACUACAUUGUCCUUCGACAGGAGUGCAUAGUGAUUGACACUACACUGUCCGUAACAGAAGUGCAUAGUGAUUGACACUACUGACAAUGCUACGAAAAACUGAGUGACACACGGCUUUCACACAACUAGCAAUGCUAGGCAUAGUGUUGUCAAUAACUAGCAUGGUAUUAUACCUGGCAGAAACAGGUUUAAAUAUACACCUGUGUAUAACCCGAAUUACCUCCGAUUUCACGUCAUCUGUAAUCAUUUUAUCUCUGACCGCCGGACCAUUAGUUCUUGUGAACGUCAUCUCUACAAUACUGGUGCUAAGAACCAUGGACUUCAGUGGGAGAGGAUGUGCCCGUACAAUCUGCAUCCUACUCCAUUUUUUACAAGUAGGACUUAUUUGGCGAUGUUUAAAAUUGCUUUUAUUGUUUGAUGAACAUGACUGGAGGGAGUUUAUAAUACUCAGAUUGAUUCAUACAGCUAUGCAAAGCUUCCCAAUCUUAAUCCUGAAAGGCAGCCAUUUCUUCAGUGGUCACGAUACGACUUCAGAAGUAAUAACUGUAGUAAUUGUAGGAGUAAUCGCUAAUGCUGUUGUGUUUUCAAUGUACAAUACACAAAAGUUUCUCUUUGAAAACGACGACUUUUCGCAAUUAGGUGUUCGGAUAAGAAAACCGUUUGGUAUCCUAAUGCUAACAUUCGGUACCAUCUUUCUCAUGGCCUCACGAUGUGGAUCUAUUAUGUUAUUUCAAGCUGUUAUACCACUUUGGCUUCCUCUGCCAAUAGGAUUUCAUUUUCUAGUAUAUUUAUUUUCCACAACUAUUUUUCCUUUUUGCAAUAACAAAGGCAGCAUUUUACAAGUUUUUAAAAAUAUAUGUUUAUCUUAUUUUAACAUUUUUGACAUUUUCAACAAGGAGAAGCAAAAGAUAAUUUGCGUGAAUGUUCUUCUGUACAGUGGACUACUUGUAGAAAAUGUCAUCAUGACAGGAUUCUGGAUGAUGAACAACAAUUGGGAUUAUAAAUACCAACUAGGAACAACUGUCUCAAUUAUACUCACGUUUGUAUGUGGAAUGUUUCUUAAAUGUUGCAGUUGUAGUUAUCUGCAGAAUGAAACAUUCAAACCAUUUUCUGACGCUACUUACCAACUUGCAUUAGAAAUAGCAAUGAAAAAUACAUCUCAUGAUUUCUCUGUAAAACACGGGAUUGAGAUACAAAAUCAUGAACAAUAUGGGGAAAAUCAUUGUUCAAUUAUUAGCUUACAAAAUGGAUAUAUUCAUAAAGUUCCACAUUCUAUUAACGGAAACAGUAAGAAUGGGACAUCCGAAAAAUUAAAGGGAGAAAUAUCAAGUGAAAAGGACGAGUCCACACCAUCAAGGAAAAAGCGAAGAAAACAUAGUAGCAAUGUAGAUUUAGCAUCUAGUAAUAGUCGAAAUACAAACACUUUAAAUGUAAGUGACCCAAGUAAUGUUUUCUGCCAUAUAAACAACUCAAAUUUGCAAAAUGCUCAAACAAUGCCAUGCCUUACAGUCAAAAGACGACCAGAACUGUCUGUGCGAACAUCUGAUCGAAAACCAAAUAAUUCGGAGACAAAGCGAUCGUUCUGUAAAAGUCCACCAAAAAGUAGAAAAUCUCCCCUUCCAUUAUUUCCAAACGAGUGCUCUGAUUUCGUUUCAAAUAAAACAUUUGAAUCAAAGCACGUGCUUAGUAAUUCUGUUGAAGAAUACAACGUCGGUGGCAGUGACACGUCAUAUUCUGUCAGUUAUAGUUAUUACGCGGACUCCAGUGACUGGUCAUCCAUGUCAUGUGAUUCUAGUAGUGCGAUGACGUGGCCCCCGUCAAAUCCUAUAUCAUUUAUAAAUCUUCACUGCUUGCCGAAAGAUAAGAUAUCGCCCACCGAUAGUGUUCAGCAUUGGUUGACCCAGUUAGACGAAUGGGAACAAUCCAUUGAAAACGAUUCAUUUGAUAUAUCAUCCAAAGACAGAAAUUCAUCUCCAGUCCCGUCAUCAGAAUACACAGACAAAAGUCAAAGUUCAAGAUACAAAAACGUCCUGAUAGGAACACAAGCAAAUAGACACACUCCUGCACUAACAAACAGAGAAUCAGACAUUUUACUGAGACCAAAGGACGCAUUAUUACAAUUCAGAGAAUCAAAACCUUUAAGUUACCUCCCUUAUGAUCCGUCGGAUUAUAAAAAAACUCAGCAGUUAGCUAACGAGAAUACAAUUGUUAUAUGGCAUGAGAGAGAUACGACACCGACAAAUACAGUUCAGGAAUCUAUGGUAUAGAAUAAAAAAAGUCAAUUAUUA